UCAUCAAGAAGAAAGACGAGGAGUCACUGGCAGGAUUUCUUGGACAAUACAUCUAUUCACGGAAUGAGGUAUAUAUUCGGCCGACACAGACAUUGGAUUGAAAGACUGUUCUGGUCUAUGGUUUUGAUAAGUUGCAUUGUCUCGCUAUUAACAAUUUACCAGAUCAAAAUGGUUCAAUGGAGAAACACACCGAUGACAAUGUUGAGGGAGACCACCCCUCAGCACACCUCUUCUUUGACUGCUCCUGCUUUAACUAUUUGUGGUUUGGAGUAUGUUAUAGUUUCUCACUUUGCUAAAGACAUGAUCGAUUUAACCGAAUAUGUUGAAGAAAUGUUAGAAUUUGAGUUUCCACAAUUUUUCAAAAUGCAGAAAAAUCAUGACAUUCAUGAUUCAGUGUUGAAAGUGGCUGACAUUCUUGGCAUGACUGAAGUAUUGUUCGAUUCCAAGCUGAAUCGCAGCAUCAAGAGGACCAAUAGUGGAGAGAGAUUUAUCAUAUCGGAUUCGAUUCUUGAAAAAGGAUAUGAUGCUUUGUUCAGCCGAUACCUAUUAACAAUUGUUUUUGAAGCAUUCUGUUUCCGCACUUUUACGUUCAGGGGACUCUGCUUUUCAUGCAACAUUCUCCCGCCUUCAAGAAUUUACAAGAACAAUACAGUGUAA